AUGUUAAACAUCAAACCUCACUUAGAAAACCUUCUGCAGACGUACAGUCGUGUGUCCUCACUAAUCACGAGGACUUUGUGCGUUUCCUUUCACAGCCUGGUGGUGUCACCUAAACUAGACCCCACCACUGAUCCCCUCCCCUCUAGUAACCACCCCUCGAGUCCCCCGGUCGAUCUUACCUCUCCGGUUUCUCCGCUGCAUCACACUAACCCCUUCUGCCGCUCACAGACCUCACCACCUCCCCUAUCCCCCUGCAACCCUUUCUUCUCCGUCCUCCAGCACAACCCUUUCUAUGACGACGUGCUAACCACUCAGCCCCCAACACCCCCAUUGCCUCCUCUGCCCUAUCUCUCCAGCUCCCGGCCCCCCAUAGCUCAGCUCUUUCCGCAGGCGAGCAACCCCAACCACACUCUGACCCACGACAGCCCAACCACAGAGGACUCCUUCGUUGGCACAGAUGUUGCAACGAGUGACCGGAUGGCCGAAGUUGAGAAACAUUUAGGCAAGGAGUUCUCCGACACUUUUAUGUCCGCUGGGCAGCCGGAGCCAGAUUCAGAGUGGGACGAGUCUUUUGAAGCGUUUGCAGCUGGCAGGCUGCAGCCUCCAGAGGACCUGAGCACAGAUUGCAAAACACAGCAAAACAAGCCCAGUGACCAUCCACUGGAAAACUGCAAUAAUAAAGAAACAUUACUCUCCAUAACGGAUCAGAACACGAGUGUAAAUGACGCACUACGUCACCAACCCUGCAGAAAAGACCCGUCCCAAGAAGACACUGACGCAUUUGCACAGUUCCUUGAAACAAUCCCAGAACACAUCAACACUGAGAGCGACAACACAACUUUGAAUCCUGCUGAUCUAUCAAACCUUGAUGCUUGCACGGAAACUAAUCGAGCUAACAGUACCACUAACACAAAUAUACCCAACACUAACAUGCACCAGACCCCCUGUAACACUUCAUCCACACAGCUCAACAGCAGCUCCCUGGAUCCUGCUUCGUCGGGUCUCGGCAGCUCGGUCGAGGACGAGUUCCUCUCCUGUCUUUCUUCUUAUCCCGAUAAAUUAUCUGCAUCCUCCUUCGAGGAAGCUGAGGCACGGAACUUUGAGAGCAACAUCCAACAUCCAGAGUCCGCCGUGUCUCAAAAUCCAAAGCCCUCAGAAUCUGAAGAUGACAUUAGCGACAGGUCAAAUGAUUGGACGGCGUUUGAUGUCGCACAGCAAACUGUUAUCCAGCCGCAGGAUAGGGAAGGAGGUCCUGACACUUCAGAGGCACCGCAGUCCCCAUUGAUUCCACAUCAGGAGCUCGAGAUCACGAGAGAGACACAAAGAGAAAGUGCAGAUACCGAGACGCUUAACAUUUCCAACGACUUGCUGCCGAAGCUCUCUGAACUACAACUGGAAUCCAACGUCUCUUUACCGUCUGAUGAUGAAAGUGCAGGAAAAGGCCCCGAUUUGUUUGAAAGCUCUUUAGUGGAUUUCUCUGAGGAGUUUGAUGAUAGUUCUGACAACAACAAUAAACAUGUGAACAUCCUCGUGACUCCAGACGACGAAUUCUCCUCCACACUCCCAUCGUUAUACAUCCUGACCUCCUCCCCUGAUCUGAAGCAGCGUUUGUUGGACACCAGUUUAGGGCGUCGGGAGGCGAGCCGGUCUACUCCAGUCUCAUUUGGGGCUUUCGGUGAAACCAGACCCGGCCUCGACCUCGACAGCACACUGUUGCACACUCAGGUGUCUGAUCAGAGCUCCAGCAGCUUCCUGCAAAGUCUUUAUGUCAGCACUGACUCGCAAGAUUACCAGACUUGUGCCUCUCACCCGUCCUCCAGCGUCUCUGAGUUCGAAGAGACGCUCUGCGGUGAGCUGAGCGACAUUCAGACAACUGCUGACGCUGCUUUGGGCCGAGAAGAGUCCACCAGUGCAUCCACGUCGUCGAACAGAGAAAUCAACCAAACCGACAGAUUUGAAGAAUCCCGUCGUGGAGGCGAUGACGGGACAAAGUUCUCGAUGGGGGAUGAUUUUGGUCUAGAAGUUCUCCCUGCAGCACUUAAAGACUCCGAGGACAGCUGCGGUCCAAAGACGCUCGAUGAAGAAGGUGAGGCAAACCAAAGCAGUGUCUUCGAUGACGAGUUCUCAAGAUAUACUCAAACCCAGUCUGCCACACUACACCGCUCCCACUCUGAGGGAACCCUGACGCCCGGCUUUGACGAACUCCUCCUGCCCUCCUUCGGGAGCGACCCCGGUGCGAUACAGGAGUCCUCCUCGGCUCAACCAGACCCCGCCCUCCCUUCUCUGACCUCCUUUGCUCCCUCUCUAACUCCUAGUAGCUCCCAUGUAGUGCUCUGCUCCUUCCCUCCCCUUGCCAGUGCGUUGGUGAAGUCACCGCCCAGCACGGCACAAGCUGCCGUGCCAGAGCCUGAGGAGACGCAGGAGCAGCAGCAGGAGGCAGCCAGUCAGCAGAACAGCCCCCACCCAGUGAGGCCCCUGACCACUGCCGUGCUGGCUGAGGAGAAGCGGACUGAGGGCCGGUCAGUGCUGGCCACCGGCCUGGAGAAGCUCAAGUCCACCAUCCACCCAGGGAGGAGCAGCCAGAUCAGCGAGACGGAGACGGACCGGAGGAAGUCUCUGACCGAGGGGGCGGGAUCGUACUACCACCUGACCCACAGCGAACUGGUCGCCCUGCUGGUGCAGCGGGAGGCGGAGCUGCGGCGGCAGAAGGCGGAGUUCGAGCAUCAGAGGGUCCUGCUGGCCAAGCGGGAGGUGGAGCUGAGGAGGCUGAAGCCGCAGGUCCGAGAUCUGGAGGACUACAUCGACACGCUGCUGGUGCGCAUCAUGGAGCAGAAGCCCACGCUCCUGCAAGUGCGCUCCAAGUUAAAGUGACGAAGGAUUUUGCAGUCCAAUCCUCAUCCGUUCACUCUUAACCUCCACAACAGCUCUUUAGUCUUUUCACUGCUACGCUGUCCUUUUUGAUACCAAUAUUUAGGCACCGAGAGAUGUCGAGGCGUCGUGUUCCGGCCGGCGUGCUUUACUGCGCUGUAACAUCCUUGUCUAAAGGUGGCUGGGGCGGUUCUGAAUGUAGCGGGUCCUCAGGUUGUUUUCAGGUUCACAUGGCAAGUUGGGUUUUUUUUUUAAUGCUCACAGAGGAGUGAGCGGGUCUAAAGACCAGGUUCUUCUUCGGUUCCUCCUUUUCACCUUACGUCUCACUUCUAUCACCUUAACACGAGAGAGAGAGGGACUGCAGAGGUUUCAGUCCGUAGCAACGCACGAACAACUAACAUCGCACUCGUCCAUUAAAUGCAGAUUGUUGCAUCUGUUCCAGAUUCCAAAGACUAACAUAACUUUUUAGAUUCAUGUCCUUCUUUGAGACAGACAUUGGUUUCGGUUUAUUUCAGCGCAGCAUGAAAAUCAGUGUGUGGAGACUUGAAACCAGCUCGAGAAGAGAAACAUCUUCUCAGUUUUGUCCUUUUUUGUUUCUUCGCUGUGCAUUUCAGAACAGGAGCUGUUCGACCUGCCAGAUAUUUUUCAAUUCGUGGAUCAAUCAGUAGCUCUACAAAAAGUCAGAAAUGGAUGAUCAAUGUCAUAAUUUGUCUGUGAGGUGACGUCCUAAACAUUCCUGUUUUGUUAGAGUCACACUUCAAAACAAAGAGAUAUUGAUUUUACUGUAAAAGUUCAAUUCAAAAUUGAGAAGCAUAAACAAUAAAUUAAAACAUUAAUAGAUUAGGAAAAAAAUCAGUGGAACACCUAACACCUCUGAAAAACUUUUAAGUAAAGGCAACAAAAUAAUUAGUCCCAUUAGUUUCAAAUAUCUGCAAGUAAUCUUUCUUGCUUAACUGAAAUGAACUGGAGCCAGUAGCUGCCUUGAAGGACGGAAAGUUGAGCUGAAAUUGAUUAAUUGCUUAAUUUAGUUUUUUUAAAUAUUUGGUGAAUUCUCUAAUUCUAAAAAAUAGUUUCUGGUCUAAAGAAAAAUAAAUCGUUAUUUGUAGAAUCAUCUCCCUGAUGCACAGUUUCUAUUUAAUGGGUCAAAACAUGUAAAACCAUCAGUGUGUUUCUGAUCACGACAAUCUUUUGCAGAUGUUUGUUGUUAUGGAUCGACUCUCUACAGAUGCAUCGAGUUCUGUGACCGGUUUUAGAAAACUACAAAACCAAAUGAGCGGCGUGAGAGCUCGGCCUCGCCACCUGCACGUUACCGGGAAGUGAUUGUAGCGUACGAAUGUUCAAAAGUGUUCUUAGCCAACAGGUGAAGGGUUUUCAUUUCCUACGCAGGACAUGUGGUGUUUAUGCUUGUUUUUUCCUCUUGAAAUUACCCAUAAUGCUCAGCCACAUAAGCUAACUGGUGGUCGUAUGGGUCACGGUGUUAUCAGGCGAAGACGGCAUCACUCAGUAUCGCCGCAGCUCCUCGGAUCUCAUGCUUCUGCCUUCUGCCCAUGUGCUCGUUAUCGACACGGCUCCGAUGUGCUGGUACUUGACUCCCACUCCCCCAGUGUCUGUGUGUCACAUCCGCUUCGCCUCAGGCACGCAUAGCGCUACAGCUUCCAGGUGUUUAUAAAGGGAUAUAUACCACACGUUACAGCAUAUAUUGCCGUAUUGAAAUGCCAAACACUGCCUUAUUUUUUGCUUUGUUUUGAAGCUCAUUAAGAAUCAAGCACUUCAUUUUGCUCGUCGGGGCUCGGGGCUGGUUUUGAAAAAGAAAAGCCAUCUGUUCACCCAUUUUUUUUUCCUUCUGAUGCUUUGUUAUGAUAUUGUUUGGAUCACUGCACAAAAAUAAAUUGUAUGCAUACCAGUAGAAACCGAGCGGAACAGGGAUUUCCUGUGACAUGCCAAAAAAAAGCCUUGAAACUUAAUCUAUGGAGCAGAUUGAUACACCAUGAAGUAUUCUGAUAUUCUGAUAUGAUGCCACUUUUAACAGCAUUCGUGGAUGUUCUUGCACUAUUCAACCAUCAGAACAUGACUCUACUGUACCUGUCCGAUGUCGGUAUAGUUAGAUCUACUUUACACCCUACUGCACUUUCUAAUCGCUCUGUGAUUUUAGCACUCGGCCUUUGACACCACGACAACGACUAGCCAGUGAGCUUGAAGCGUUACAAACUCGUCCAUCACCGUCUUUCCAUCUCAGUUCUCGCUAUGCGACGGCAAUAUCAAGUGCGUAGAUGACUGUAGAGACAUAUUCAGUGUGACUCGGCACUUUCGCAGCGCAGUCCUCUUCCACGUCUUCCAUUUUGAAAAAGGUUUUUAUUUAAAUUGAUUGUUCCUUGUCCUUGAUUGUGUAGCCAGUGGAAUGUGCGUAAGGUAGUAUGUAAGAUUGGAAAGUUUACAACUCGUGAUGCAAUUCUGUUUCACAAAUUUUGUAUAUUUAAUAAAGAAUAUU